CUCGUGAAGUCUUGACUGUGCCUUCUCUCAUCCGUCUCAGAAGCUCGAUCGGGAUGAGCAUCGUCUCGUUCUUCGUCACGAUCGUGCGUCGUGUGCUCGCUCGAUGUGCCGGCUCACGCGUGCGAGGUCACGGCGAUCAUCGCCCUUUGCCGGCGCCUGGCUCGUACUUCUGACCCUUUCGGCUUGGAGUGAGCAUUCAGCACAAUAACGGCGGACACAAGCAAGGGAUGAAGCGUUGCGUCGUAUCGACGUGCUCUCCGACGUAUCACCUUGCUAUGCCAAAGCGUUUCGGCGUCGAAUGACCCUCGGCGAGUUUUAUCUCUCUUCACUCAUCAAAGCGCACUGCAAGAUCGACAAACAAGCAACAAGCUAUACCGGCGACUUCUUAGCAUGCUCUUUGCUACUGCCCUCAUCUUCUCGUUGACCUCGCUCAUCUCAGCGGCGAGCAUCAACACCAAUCCGAUCGAAGCACGUGAUGCUAACAGACUCGUGCGUCGUCAUACCGGCCCUUACACGUGGUGCGGUAUUCAGAUCAAAUUCCCUUUCGUCGAGGAUCCGCUCGCUCUCCAGUGGCCUCUCAUAUGGAACCCGAAAUCGGGAACUUACCAGGUCGUCGCUGAAGGUGUUAUCAAGAGCACGGAGUACGACCCCCCUGUCAUCAAGAACGGCCAGACGAUCGUCAAUCCUAAUAUGAAAGUAUCCGGCCAGCUGGACAACCCCACCAAGGACACCUUCGAAGUUCUUUUGCAGCCCAUAGUUGCACAUGACGGCAAUAUCGAAGCUGCCGGCCUCGUGCAAGCAAAGUAUAACGGUAUCAUGCCUGAGAACGUGCCUGGCUAUGGCUUCCAGUGCAGCGACGACCCCAAUCAACGAAACAAGGUCACUAUUAAUGUGUGUGACCGAUCCACCCGACAUGCACGAGGCUGAUGAGAAUCUGCUUAUAGGCACCUUAGGAUGGCGGCCAACAGGCUGUGCGAUCGUCUACGCUAAUGCAUCACCUGUGCGCGUCGCUCCAGACGA